AUGGUCCAGCUAUAUAUAGCUGAAGAUGAGGAGGAUGCAGCAUCUCAGUUCUUCCACUGGUCAGCAACAGUCGACAUGAAGCUCCUCCUAGUAACCUUAUGUGCAGUGGGAUGCGCUUUUGGAGAAGCACCUUAUCCAGCGGCUGGAAAUAGGCCGCAAGGGGCUCUUUUGGAAUAUGGAGCUCCAGCACAGCCUGGAUCAACCUUCCAGUCGACCGAAGCAGAAGAUUUGGCGAAGCUGUCAAACGGCCAAGGAUCAGGUGCUGCUUCUAGCUACCAAGUCUUCUUGAACGACGGUCGUCUCCAGAGGGUGCAGUACACCACUGCUAAUUUCAGGAAUGGACAACAGUUGAACUCAGGCAUUCAACAGUAUUCCGGCCAAUUCAACCAGGUUGGCCAAGUCGAGAACAACGGGCUCAAUCAAAACGGUGACUCGUACAGAUUACAACAGGAUUACCUUCCUCCACAACUCAACCAGCAGUAUUACAAUCAACAACGGAAUGGAGACUUCCAGCAAUCCAGUCAACGGCAACAGAAUGGCCAAUACUUCCAACAACAGAGCCCUCUUGCCCAAGAGUACGGCCUUCCAGAGAGCCAGCUGGGAAGAGUUCAGGACGACUUGCAGCAACAGCAGAUCGAGCUGCUGGAACAGAGGCAACAACAGCUGGAACAACAACAACAGGAGCUGAGGCAGCAGCAAGAGGAGCUCAGGUCGGCCGGCUACCUAGCGAGUCUUCGAUACAACAACGUCGACCCCAUCAGCUCUCCAGUCUACUCGUACAAGCCUCCCUCUCGUGUCCUAAGAUACGCUCCAGAGUAUUAA